UUAUAUUAUCUGGUUUUGAUAAACUAUGAAGAAAAGCUUAUUAUAUGCUAACUGUGACAUUUAAAAUUCAAUUAUCAAUUAAAAAAUUGUUAUUGCUCAAACAAAUAAAAUAUAACUUUAUUAAGUUAAUUAAAAACAUUUACUACAGUUAACUGCGAAUAGUUAGGAGAAAUAGUCAGAGAGAGAAUAGUCACGAGUAGUUUCAUAACACUGGUAAAACUUUCAAAAUGCAAAGGGAAAGUGGCGAAGACCUAAAAGGUUUUCCAAUUGGUAAAGGUGAGACCGACAGUUGGCGUGCUCAUCGGUCUGAAGCUGGAUCUCCAACGUCUCGCAGAGUGGACCUGGGUGAUGACUACGACCCUCAUGAAUUUCGUCAAGUACCAAACCCCACGAAUGACCUAGAGACACUCUUUCACCUACUGCGACUCGGUCUGGGUACCGGUAUCCUGGCGAUGCCGCAAGCGUUUGCUAAGGCUGGCCUUGUCACCGGCAUUAUUUCAACAAUAUGUGUGGCGGCUUUAGUGACCCACUGUCUUCAGGUGCUAAUCAGAGCGCAGUAUGGUGCAUGCAAGGCUCAGCGCGUACCUUUAAUGUCGUAUCCUGAAGCGGCGCGCGUUACUUUUAAUCUAGGACCGAAAGCUCUGCGUCCAUUUGGUGGACCCUCCGCCGUCGCCAUUGAUUUCUUUCUAAUAACUUACCAACUAGGUGUGUGUUGUGUCUAUAUCGUCUUCGUUGCCGAUAACGUUAAGAAGUUGUGUGAUCCGCAUUUCGUGGCCUCUGUGGAGAUGCACAUGCUGUUUCAAUUGCCCGUGCUCAUCGCGCUAAACAUGAUCCCAAAUCUGAAGAUGUUAGCGCCAUUUUCUGGUGCUGCUAAUCUCGCUACUUUCACCAGUCUAUGUAUUGUGAUCUACUUUCUCCUUACUAUGGAGCGUUCAACCGAGCCUCUUGAUCUUUGGGGCUCACUAGCGACGUUUCCUCUGUUCUUUGGGACCAUCGUGUUUGCGCUCACAGCUGUCGGUGUUGUGGUGGCAGUGGAAAAUAAUAUGAAAACUCCAAAAUCGUUUGGUCGGCCGUGCGGUGUGUUGCAUAUCGGUAUGGGUGUCGUGACGACGCUCUUCAUCGCGAUUGGCUAUAUUGGCUACAUAUUCUGUGUCUCUGAGUGCCGUGACGUGGUCACUUUAGAUCUUCCACCUGGGGCACCUACAACUGUCGCUAUUAUCCUCUACGUAUUCGCGAUAUUCAUUAGCUACGGACUACACUGCUUCGUGCCGGUGGACAUGUUGUGGAACGAGUACAUAUUGCCACGUAUGCAGGGAGCGAGCAAAGCUCGUUUGAAAUGCUGCGAAAUUUCGCUACGUGUUGGACUUGGCAUACUCACCUUCGUGGUAGCAGUGAUGGUUCCACGUCUUGGCCUCUUCAUCUCCCUGUUUGGUGCGCUUUGCCUGUCCGCCUUGGGCUUCUGUUUUCCAGCCCUGAUGGAGACAUGUCUCUGGUACCCGCGACCACCUGGAACUGCCCGCACUCUUAUGUUCCUGAAGGACAGUUUCCUGUUUGUGGUCGGCAUCAUAGGCCUUGUCUCUGGCACUUACUCUGCUCUAUUAGGCAUCAUACAGUCCUUCCAAUAAUUGUAUGUAAAGGAAUACUGUUUUUAUUAUAU